UCUCCGUCGCGUUGCACAAGCUCGGCCUUGCUAAAUCGCCAUCUCAAGGACUGUGCGGGUCAUGUCUACCUUGCCUCUGAAGGCCAUGUCGCGGAUAUGGGGUCAGUUCAACGAGUUGGUCAUCCCAUACUACCUGCGUGUUCCUGGUUUCAAGCUAUAUUCAUGGAUCUUUGGUGUCAAUCUUGAUGAAGUAUCCGAGCCUGAUCUUCACAUGUACCCGAAUCUGGCUUCCUUCUUUUACAGAACACUAAAGCCUGGUGUCCGACCUUUGGACCCGAAUCCGAACGCUUUACUGUCCCCCGCUGACGGUCGCAUCCUGUCGUAUGGCCAGAUUGAGGGUGGAGACAUUGAGCAAAUCAAGGGCAUGACGUACAGCAUAGACGCCCUUCUAGGCAAGACUACUCCGACACCCAGCAUUGCCGGAUACAGUACAGACUCAUUGGACAAGUCAGUCCGCGAUGGCCGAGCUCAACACGAACUCCAUGGCGAUGAAGAAAUCAUCAAACAAGACGAGGACUUUGCCCGUGUUAAUGGCAUCACAUAUACCCUGCCUCAUCUCCUCUCAGGCCCAAAGAAGGGCGGCAAGAAGGAGGAGGAUCUCGAGGACCAAUCUAUGCGGCCCUCAACUCCUAGUACCGUUUCCGAAGUCCGCGCCGAUUUGGCUUUGGGAGAGAAGCCCUGGUACGAUCUGUUGUCCACCGAAAAGAAGAGUGCUCUCUACUAUGCGGUUGUCUACUUGGCACCAGGUGACUACCAUCGCUUUCACUCGCCCACAAACUGGGUAGUGGAGAGUCGACGACACUUUGCAGGGGAACUCUACUCCGUUUCGCCCUAUCUGCAGAGGACUCUACCUGGACUCUUCACCUUGAAUGAGAGAAUUGUGCUUCUGGGCAGAUGGCGGUGGGGAUUCUUCAGCUAUGUUCCCGUAGGCGCUACGAAUGUUGGCUCUAUUAAGAUCAACUUCGACAAGGAACUGAGGACGAACUCGCUCACAACUGACACUGCAGCCGACAGAGCUGCAGAGGAGGCUCAGCGCAGAGGAGAACCCUACUCUGGGUACUCAGAAGCGACGUACGAGGCAGCAAGUGCAGUCUUGGGAGGCCAUGCCAUUAAGCGAGGCGAGGAAAUGGGAGGUUUUCAGCUAGGCAGUACUAUUGUCUUGGUAUUUGAAGCACCGGCGAGCAACGAAGGUUCAGACUCGAAGAGAGGCUUCAAUUGGGCUGUGGAGAAGGGCCAGAAGCUGAAAAUGGGUCAGGCUUUAGGAUACGUGAUUGAGGAAUAAGGCACAAAAGGCAUGUCUCAAUCCGGGGAUGUGAGGGAUUGAUCCUCAAAGCUAGAACGGAAUAGGCGUACUAUCUCGCACUCACCCAUGCAAGCGAUAAACCCGACAGAAAGCUGCACCCACCACUCAGAUCAAUUUGCAAUCGCAUUUAGCACAUCAUCGUCAUCAGCCUUGGAAAUCUCACCUUUCAUGUGAUUUAGCAUCAGGAAGGUUCAGAAGUGGGCCCCCGUUCCUGUCAGUCCUGCUAAAAACUAUGUAGAGAAUUUUUCUUUUAACGUAAUUCGGGGGUAAUUAGAACCUUUUGGGACACUCCGAUAGGGCGUCUG